UCGAGUCUUCGAACGACAACGUACCGCGAACUCGAGACAUUUCCCUCCAAUAUUACGAGCGUUCGUUCGACGAUCAAACGAUCAACCCUCUCCGUCAGGACGCGAGAAACGAUGACACUCCGCCACGAUCCCGAGGGAAAGUUCGAGGUCUCGCGCGUUCAACUUUCUCGGUGUUUGACCCUUGCUUUUGCUUUGCAUCGUCUGACACCUGUCAGGACCGCUUUCGCGAUACCAAACAUACCUCGUUUCGUUCCUCGAUAGAGCUCGAAGGAAAUUUUUUAACCUUUCUGCGAUUAAUUGUUUGCCCGAUUGUUCACGAACAGGAUUAAGAAGAUAAGAAGAAUUUGCCUGGGCUUCGCCGUUUCUCUUAUCUGAUCGGAAAUUAAUUAAAACGAGACAUUUUCUCGCGAGAGAUCUUGCCAUUAUCGAGAUAACGAUACGACGCGAAUUCGAGUAACGGUGAUAAAAGAAUUUGCUCGAUCUCUUGGUCGAGAUAACGAAUGGUAUUAGCUUUGUUUUCGCGGAGGGCGAGAUUGUCGAUCGUUUCGCAUUUCAAUUAGAAGCGACAAUAUGGAAAUAUCGGAGAGAUAAGGGAGGGGCAUAGGUAAAUUUGCGACGAGACCUUACGGAAAUCCUUCAAAUUCUUCUUACUCGCUCAGCGGUGAACGCUGAAUUCAUCCGAACGCGUUCGUAAACUUCAUUUGUCUUGUUCGAUUCGCUAUAUCGUUUCGGUUUGUUUCGUUGUUGCUUGUAGCAUAGAAUUCGGUGUCCGUGGAGAACGUGAAAUGAGGUGGUAAACGGUGAAGAAUAUCGGUGUUCCCGGUAGCGAGAUCUCGCGGUUGUUUUGAUCGCGUGCGAACUUUCGCGCGAUGAUGCAGGCUGCCUGAUAGAACGCGAUCGUUUAUCGGGAAAGAAACUUUGCAAUCGAAAGAGGUUCGAGCCUUCCCGUGAAUCAGAAGACCGUGGAUGCAGCCAGGUGUUGGAGGCGGGAGUGGCGUGGCCCACACAGGUGGGACAGGUGACGACGAGGCUCCAAAAGACCCCGGUAUUCGAAUCACUCAUCAAUCUUACACCGAGAAGGAUUACGAAGGUCACAGAGCGCACACGGUGUACGUGGGCGUGCAUCUACCUGGAGAAAGGAGACAUCGUCGUCACCACAAGCACCAUCAUUCCCAGCGUCAAACGUACAGUACCACCAAGGAAAAUGUCGACAGCGAUAGACCCAUUACCCCGCCAGCCCAAAGGGUGCAGUUCAUCCUGGGCGAGGAAGUCGGCGACGAUGCUCACGAGUCCCAUCCUCUCUUCUCCGAGAUGGAGGAGCUCGUCAAGGAUGGGGAUGAGAUGGAAUGGAAGGAAACAGCCAGAUGGAUCAAGUUCGAGGAGGACGUGGAAGAGGGUGGAAACAGAUGGAGUAAACCUCAUGUAGCGACUCUAUCGUUGCACUCGUUGUUCGAGUUGAGAAGCCUGCUGUUAAAUGGCACCGUGAUGCUGGACAUGGAGGCAACAAGCUUGGAACAAAUCGCCGAUUUAGUCCUGGAUAAUAUGAUCAACAAGGGAUCGUUAGCCAUCGAGUCGAGGGAGAAGGUCAGGGAAGCACUUCUGGUAAGACAUCGACACCAACACGAGAGGCGUAAGGACAACAACAUGUCCAGGCUACCGAUCAUCAGAUCGCUAGCCGAGAUCGGACGGAAUCAUUCCUCCUCGAAGAAUGAAGACUGUUCAUGUGGUUUGCAUGCGUUGUUGACGUCAGAUUUACAGGAGCGUCGCGAACCCGUGGACGCGUAUGCGCCCGCGGUGGCGCGCAGCAGUAGCUGUCCAAAUUCGAACACGGCUCUGCUGUCGAAAGAAGCGAAAGAUCUUAAAGGACCAUACCUUCUGGUUCCAGUGGAGGAAUCGAAUUCCGCCCCGGCGAUCGCCGGUGCUACAAGUCACGGCAGUGGGGCAGUGCUGAAUGCCGGUAGCCGUUUCCUUGCCGUUCCCGGUAAUCCCGGCCAAGAACCAGGCACCAACGGGAUGGAUCGAAGUCCAAGCAGCGUGUCAAUUAGCAGAAACCACAGUUCAUCGGCUUUGGAAAAUGGAGACGCGAAUCACAGGGCUAACAUACAUUUUAUGCGAAAAAUACCAGCAGGGGCCGAGGCGAGCAAUAUUCUCGUUGGAGAGGUCGAUUUUUUAGAUAAGACCCUGUCAGCGUUUAUUCGGCUAAGCCAGGCGGGAAUAAUGGGCGAUUUAACGGAAGUUCCUGUACCAACGAGAUUUAUAUUCGUCCUGCUAGGACCCACGGGAGGAAUCUCAGGUUUCCACGAAAUCGGUCGCGCGAUGGCUACUUUAAUGUCGGACGAGGUUUUCCACGAUGUGGCUUACAAGGCAAAAAAUAGGAAUCACUUGUUGGCUGGAAUCGACGAGUUCCUGGACGCGGUCACGGUUCUACCGCCAGGAGAAUGGGACCCUGCCAUCAGGAUAGAACCUCCUGCAGCGAUUCCUUCGCAGGACGUGAGAAAACGGCCGAAAGAAGAGAAACCGAAGGAGGAAUUCGACGAAGAGGCGGAUGAACAGAAACAAAGGGAAGAAUCGGGUCUCUCUAGGUCGGGGAAACUGUUCGGCGGUUUGAUCAACGACGUUAAGAGGAAGGCACCCUUUUACCUAUCCGAUUUUAAAGACGCUUUGGCGUUGCAAUGCGUGGCCUCCUUCAUUUUCCUCUACUUUGCUUGCCUAUCGCCUAUCAUCACCUUCGGUGGCUUACUGGGCGAAGCCACUGGAAAGAAUAUGGCCGCCAUGGAGUCGCUUGUUUCCGGUUUCGUGUGCGGUAUCGGUUACGGAUUCUUCUCUGGACAACCUUUAACCAUUCUAGGUUCAACCGGGCCAGUUUUGGUCUUCGAAACGAUCGUCUACGAAUUUUGCAAAAAAUCUGACUGGAACUACAUGUCCUUUCGUUUCUGGAUCGGCUCGUGGAUAACGUUGAUCUUGGUAAUCUUGGUCGCGGUCGACGCUAGCGCCCUGGUGUGCUACAUCACGCGAUUUACGGAAGAAAACUUUGCCACCCUCAUCGCGUUCAUCUUCAUUUACAAGGCUAUCGAGAACGUGCUGUCGAUAGGUAAAAAGUACCCGAUCAACACUCACGCUAACGACCCAUUUAGCUUCGAAUGCUGGUGCAGGCCACCAAAUGGUAGUUUACCGUCUAGCUACGAUAACGUCAAUUGGACAGCGUUGGAUCCGAAAGCAUGCCAGAGCUACAACGGCACGCUCGUGGGCGAUGGUUGUAAUCUACCGCAUUACAUACCCGAUGUGUUCCUCAUGUCAAUUAUACUCUUUAUGGGCACAUUCUUACUAUCCGUCGAACUCAAAGAUUUCAAAAACGCUCUUUUCUUCCCAUCAAAGGUCAGACAGGUGGUCAGCGAUUUCGCGGUGAUAAUCGCGAUUUUCUCGAUGAGCGCGCUCGAUCACUUCGUCAACAUCCCGACGCCAAAGUUGGAAGUACCUGAAGAAUUUAAGCCGACGUUGAACGGUCGAGGAUGGAUGAUCUGGCCCUUCCAAAACAAUCCUUGGUGGAGCGCCAUCGUCGCGUGUCUGCCUGCUCUAUUAGGCACUAUAUUGAUCUUCAUGGAUCAGCAGAUUACAGCGGUGAUAGUGAACAGGAAAGAGAACAAACUGAAGAAAGGAUGCGGUUAUCAUUUGGAUCUGUUCAUUCUCGCGAUUCUGAUUGAGAUUUGCUCCGUAAUGGGAUUGCCAUGGUUCGUGGCUGCUACGGUGCUUUCUAUAAACCACGUGAACUCGUUGAAGCUGGAGUCCGAAUGCGCUGCACCGGGAGAGAAGCCACAGUUUCUCGGUGUACGAGAACAACGCGUCACGCAUAUACUGAUCUUCCUGAUGAUCGGAUGUUCCGUUCUAUUGACGCCAAUGUUGAAACAUAUACCGAUGCCUGUACUGUUUGGCGUGUUUCUGUACAUGGGAGUCGCUUCUCUGAAGGGUCUACAAUUCUUCGAUAGGAUACUUAUCAUGCUGAUGCCCGUCAAAUAUCAACCAGAUUACAUGUUCCUUCGACAGGUACCCUUGAAACGCGUGCAUCUGUUUACCGUGAUACAAUUGGCCUGUUUGGCUUGCUUGUGGAUUAUAAAGUCAUUUAGCAGUACGUCCAUUUUGUUCCCAUUGAUGCUCGUGGUGAUGAUCGGGAUACGCAAAUCCCUGGACCUGUUUUUCACCCAAAGAGAACUGAAGAUCCUGGACGACGUUAUGCCGGAGCCGAGCAAAAAACAUGCAGACGAUCUUCGCCAGUUGGAGAGUGGCGAGGAACAGAACGAAUCUAUGGGGUAUGGACCAUCGGGAAACAUACAGAUUUCCCUAGCGAACGGGAACGUUAUGAAGAUUCCGAUGACCAGCAUCAACAUCAGCGAGGAGGUAAACAAGACGGGCAUUUGGCAGCAGGUGAACGAGGGUAACGAGAAAACGAAGCAGGCCAAAUUAAUAAGCACGGGGAAACAAAAGAAACAUUCGAAGAAGGAAAACUCGUUAAUGGCUGACGAGACUACGAGGCUAACCACGAUGACCGAGGAAGACGAGGAUGACAAUGGGAUCUCUAUCAAGGUGACAAACGUAGACUUGAUACGAUCGAAGGAAAGCAUCAGCCCGUUAACGAUUAACGGCACUACCUCGGCUGAGACUUCCGUCUAACGAAAGCAUCGGUUAAAAGGAAACGAACCCUCGAGAGAUAGUCUUUCAAACGACUAAUCGUUAAAAGAUUCCAAUGGUUCCCUUUUUUUAUUUCAUUGCGACUACACGACAAAUAAUACGAACAUUUGACUGGCGUACAGGGUGUCUCAAAAAGAUUGUACACCAUCAACAAAAAAUUGCAACAUUAACAAUAUGUUUGAGAAAUCUUUGUGAAACACCCUGUAAAAGAAAAUGAUUAUAACACGAUAAUGAACGCGAGCAAAUGGCAUUCGAAGAUCUACAAGAGACAAUUAAUUCUUUAUUUCAGAUAAAUGAAAUCUGAAUUAUUUUAUCGCGUUUAUGGACUCGGUUCAGAAUAAUUAACGAGUGCUGCUAUUAUCGGGUAUCUCACGAUAGAAUCAACACGAUUCGAGGAAGAAGAAAAAAAAACGCACACCGUUGAAAUUAUGAUACAGAACGAUUGCAUAGAUUUAAGGUUCGAUCGGUGAAACGAUUAUCGCUGGGUCCUUAAGUCUACCAUUGUCAGUGUGCAAUAUUAACGUGUAUUUAUUAAUUUAGCUAAUAUAGAGUCUGUGACCGUAAUAGAUACGCCAAUGAAACCCCUUUGAUACUUUCGAUGUAUCCUUCGAGGGAUUUUUUGUCGAGGAACUUUGCACGAGAAAAUGCAUCGAGAGAGUCGUUAUCGAUUAAUUUUUCACUAAUAUUCGUAAUAGAUAGAAAUUUCUUUGCCAGCUCGAUUGCUUUCUAUCAAAAUUAUCAUUGUGCGUGUUUGCCUAACCUUUUUCGGUCGAAUUCGCUCUAAAAUCAAGCAAACGUUAUAAUAGAUCUUUUUAUAUUUCUAACGUAUAAUACAUCAACGGUAAUACUGACAAAAUAUUAAAUUUGAAAUAAAAAUACUUUGGCAAGCAUAUUUUGCCAACCGACUGAAAAGGGUUGCAAAAAAGCUUUUGAUACGUCAAAUACCGGCCAGCAGCGACAAUAUUUAUUAUAUUAUACGAUAAAGUAUAUAGAGCAUGUUUUUUACGCGAGAACAGUGAUGAAAGUUUCCUAUUCGAAAUGGAAUUUAGAUGGAAAAAUGUGAACUUGUCGAGUAGAGAAGAUUUUUUCGCGUUCUUUUUUUAAUGAAGAAAAAAGAAUCGAACGCAGUAUAAAACACAGUCCCUUGAAGGAUGUCCUUUUUCGUUCGUCGAACACGAACGAUCAAAUUUUUAUGAUAUUAUAAGUCUUUCAAAUAGAGAAUGCAACGUUCCGAAUAAUGGAGGAUCGUUACACGAACUAAUUGUUAUCUUUCUUCUCCGCCGAUUUACUGCAAGACAGACUAAUGAAACCGGAUCGGUGAGAGGGGAUUAGCAGAGAAUAUUUGAUACGAUAUUUUUCAGACGACGCAUUAUGGUGUUAUUAGCUGUUGAAACAAUUGUUCGAAGUUAAGUUCACCGAUAUACGAGUAAACAAGUCUUCGUGUAAUGCCAAUAUGGAGGAUGUAUAGUCCUCGGAGGUUUAAUAAACCAGCGAACGAAUAUCGGACAGUAUUUCGCUAGAAUGUACAUAUAUUUUUGAUCUGAAUAUAUUUCGAUCGUACUGGAAUCCAUAAUUUUAGCUGUCUUAGCUCCGCGUUCAAUCAGUAUUUCAAUCUGAAAUACUGUCGAAUAUUCGUGAAAGACAAAGCUGUUAGUGAAAAUGUACGAAUGUAGGAUGUUAACCCUUGAAUAGCGGAAGCCGGGCAAAUUGCAACCUAGAUCCACGUUCUUUUCGCGGAAAACUUUUCUAUGUUGAAGAAAUAAUAAAGAAGAAUCUGAAAUUUAAUUUAAACUUUGAAACAUAGGUUGGGUUAGCAAAGGCCCGUUCCGCCGUUCAACAAUCGACGUAAAAGAACAAGUGACCACGUAAUACUUGAUAGUAUAAUAGAAGAUACUCGUAUUUUAGACGCUUUAAAAUUCGUGAUCACAAACAGUACGCGUGUACGUACGAAGAAACGAAGAGACUCGUUGCGAGCAACAAAAUAUGUUAAUCAGCCACGAUCAUAUAAUUCGCUGCCAUGCAUGCAAUUGAUGUAUUAUUAUUCCUCUUUAACGGAAUUGUCGAUAAAUUCUAAUUAAACAGACAGAA